CAAACUCAAAUUGGAUGGAUAUAUCUCCUCCCACCUCAUCUGGUAUCGCGUUUAUGAUUGAUUCUGGGCCAUGGAGAUAGAGGAUAACGUUACUUCUCCACCACGACCGCCGCAUCCGCUGCCGCCGUCAGCGAUCACUUCCCCCUCGCACGAUUUCUCCUUCACCAUCUCCUUCCAGACUCUCAGCUCGCCGGCCACGCUCAGAGGCAGCGCCGCCAAGUCGCCCUCUGCCUCCUCCGGGGCCUUCGACUUGGCCCCCGCCGACGAUAUAUUCCUCCACGGCCACCUCCUGCCCCUCCGCCUCCUCUCCCACCCCGGCAGCCCCCCGCGGGAUUCUGAUAUCUCCUUUGAAAACUUUAGGUUCCCCCUCGGCCAUACCGACAGCGAUCGCAAUCUCAACUUCUUCGACUCCGGCAAGGCCGGCGCCAAGGAGGAGAGCAGAGCGACGAAGCCGUCGUCGUCGGCUUUGGCUGCCUUCUUCGGCCUCGGGAAGUUGAGGAGGCGCAACGAGAAGGAGGGCGCGGAGGCGGCUGCGACGACGACGACCAAGAGAAAGAGGAAGGGGAUCGACGUGAUUCGGCUUCUGCGGAAGUACGCGAACCUGGUGGAGCUCCUGUUCUUCUCCAGAACAGGGGAGAGGGAGAGGGAGCGGAGGCGCCACGAGGACGACGACCUGCGACGGCGGCCGUGCUCCUUCUCGGGGCACUCCAACCGGAACAGUAAGGCGGAGGCGGCGGCGCAGGGGGAGUGGAGGCGGCGGAAGAAAGGACAGAUGUCGGCCCCAGCGUCGAUGAGGACGUCGCCAUCCAACAGCGGCCUCCUCUCGGCCUCCUCGAUGACCAUCUCGUCGACCUCCACGUCGGACAGCAGCACGAUGGAGGAGCUGCAGAGCGCAAUCCAGGCGGCGAUCGCCCACUGCAAAAACUCCAUCGCCGUCGCCGCAAAGCAGAGAGCCGGCGAUACGUGACGUGGAGGCGGAUGUUGCUGAGGUGGCAGGACGGCGGCAACUACGAAGAUGACGCGUGGAAGUGAACCAAUUAAUUUUGCUUGUUUUCUUCCUAAAAUUCUACAGAUUACUUCAGUGAGAAUGAUCUUUAACAAGUUAUUAAAAUUUCAUAAAGUUAGAUAAAAAGUUUGAUGGUAAA